AAAAAAAAAAUUAGUUACCCUGCUAAAGCAUUCUUUUGCAUCAGCUGCGUUUUCGCUUCUCUUCCUUCACCAAAGCGACAAGCCUCUUUACUGUUCAACCAAACCCUUUUUUUUUCCCUUUUUCCACCAUUACGGCUAUACAGGAAACGACUGUUGGAAAUACUAGCAUCAUGGCUGUUCGCGCGCAGUUUGAAAACUCCAACGACGUUGGCGUCUUUGCGACGUUGACCAACUCAUACGCCCUGGUGGCCCUCGGCGCCAGCGAGAACUUUUACAGCGUCUUCGAGGCCGAGCUGCAGGACAUCAUCCCCAUCGUGCGCACCACCAUUGCCGGCACGCGCAUCAUCGGCCGCCUCACGGCCGGCAACCGCAAGGGCCUGCUGGUGCCCACGACCACGUCGGACCAGGAGCUGCAGCACCUGCGCAACUCGCUGCCCGACUCGGUGCGCAUCCAGCGCAUCGAGGAGCGCCUGUCGGCCCUCGGCAACGUGAUUGCGACCAACGACCACAUCGCGCUGGUGCACCCGGACCUGGAGCGCGAGACGGAGGAGAUCAUCGCCGACGUGCUGGGCGUCGAGGUCUUCCGCCAGACCGUGGCCGACAACGUGCUGGUCGGCAGCUACAUGAGCCUGUCCAACCAGGGCGGCCUCGUGCACCCCAAGACCAGCAUCCAGGACCAGGACGAGCUGUCCAGCCUGCUGCAGGUGCCGCUCGUCGCCGGCUCCGUCAACCGCGGCAGCAACGUCGUGGGCGCCGGCAUGGUCGUCAACGACUGGAUGGCCGUCACGGGCCUCGACACCACCUCCACAGAGCUCAGCGUCAUCGAGAGCGUCUUCCGACUCGGCGAGGGCCAGGGCCCCAGCAACAUCAACACCACAAUGAAGGACACCAUGGUGGAGAGCUUCUACUGAGCGACAAAGAGGCUUUCUGUUCUGUUCUUGUUUUGUUUCAAUACAUACAUAUACUACCAUGAUGUGAUUUUUUCUUCUUCUUCCUUUUUGUUUCUGUUGAUGGUUGUUUUUCAGCUGCUUUUUGGGACUGGGCCUUUUUUAUGACUUGACUUGCUUGGAUGAUACACACAACAGGCAUGGUGUUGAUGGAAAGGGGGUGGAAAACAACCCAGCUUAUUGAGCUCUUUCUUCGUCGCUUUUUGUUUUUUUCAAGAAAGACUAUUCUUUAUAUGAGGUGGUUUUUAUGGUCUUGUGUGUAAAAGACGGAGAGGAACAGGGUGGCAGGCUGUUUCUGCUCUUGGGCAUGCAUGGGAGGCGUUUGUGCAAUCUUUUCGUUGACCUCUUUUUUUUUUUUUUCUUUUUUUCUUUUAACACCUGUGGAUUUAUUACUUCAUAGAGAGAAUGUGCUUCUCUUAUAAAUAAUGAAAAAAAGACUAUCCUGGUGUAAUAUUCUCAAAGAGUUUUGCAUGUGAAGGUAGCUGAAUAGCCCCAAUCAUAUAGAAUCAAUGCCAUUUUUUUUCUAGUAUCCAGUUUCCAUCAUCUUUGAAUGCCCCUCAUGCUUGCAAUCUCACCGCCUUCCCCUUUCAGCGACCGCAUCGGCAGCAAUUGAAUAAUUU